UGAAUGGGAGAGAGGAGCAGGACGCCAUCUCAUUUGUUGAGCGCUGAAGGAUUAUCAGUGUAAAUUGGCAUUAGGACACUACCCUUGUCUGACAGACUACACAUGCAGUUAGUCUGUGGAUUGCAGAGAACAGAGACAAACCUCUGCUGUCUAAAGUUUUGUUUUUUUGGAACGAUUUUGUUUAAAGUGAAGUCAGUAUACUGUUAGGGAGGUUUAAGACAUUUCUUUUUUUAGUUUUGUUUUGUCUUUGGUUAUUUUAGGGAUUUUGGAAGCUGAGAGUGAAAAGCUUUUACAUGUACUUGCUGUAGAACGUUGUUAAGGACGUGCAGACUGACUGCCAGAAUGUUUUCUGGUCGUAUCCAUGCGGUGUGUGUUGUGGUAACGGGCUCUGUCCACUGAGAGCUGAUUUUGGCCGCUUCUCUCGGGAUUCCCAAACUGGAAGCUGAGACCCUCAGAAUGCCUGCGUUGCGUCCUCUCUCUGCUUCUUCUGACUGAGUGUGUUGGGGAGGAAGGGAAGUCCAUCUGCGUGUGGGAGAUCAUGUACGUGCUCUGCACCCUGGUGCUGCUGGCCCUCCACAACCUAUUCAAGAGACCCAGGGCCCUGGAUCCAGGCGACCCGAGGGCCGAAGAGGGGCCCAAGCAGUCCAGAGAUGAGGCAGUGCAGCCUGGGCACGGGCAGAAGGCCAAGCCCCCCUGGCAUGGAGGCUUGGGAUCGGCACAGGGUGGUAUAUCUUUAUCGCAGAGACCCUGCGGCUGUGUGGUCUAUCAAUGCUCUGAGAUGCGUCAGCAUGGGCAGCGCAGGGAGACUCCCCACGACGGCAAGGAUGAAGUGUCCACCAGCUGCAAGAAAGUCCAGCCGGUCCAGCAGUCCGCUCCAUUCGGCCCUGCGGUCAUGUUCGGCACACGCAAGACCUGGGACCUUGGCCACGCCCCCUGCCUGCAGGACCUCUGGAAGAAAGACGUCUCAUUGGACGCAAGCUCCGUGGACUUCCUGAUGAGUGAUGGUGAGGAGGACCCCUCCUUCCUGCCGCUGCAGCCCUCAGUCUUCCCACGCCACUGUCUGCCCUCCGACCUCAGCGAGACCCACGCCACAGACAACCAGCAGCUACUUAUUCAGACUCUGCAGGAGCGGGUGUGUGAGUUCCAGGCUCGUCUGCGCGGUGAGGAGGCCGGUAAGAGAUUACAGCUUCAGCAGUGUGGUGGUCAGCAAGCCCACGGCCUCAGUAAAGAGCACCGAGGCUCGGUGAGCUCUGACCACAAACAGACGCAGGACCUCCGAGACCAGCACAGUCUGCACGACCAUCACCAGAACCACAAAGAAACCAGCGCUGCUGGAGGGAGGUCGCCUUGUUCCGUUUCACAAAGACUGGCCAAACCGGACGUGCGAGGCCAUCUAGAACAAGACUUGAACGGCUUGGAAGGAGAACAGUUGGAACUUAUCACAGGGUUACGCACACAGAUAGAGGAGCUGGAGGAGAAACUGUCUGACCAGACGCAGGAGGUGGAGAGACUGCGCUCAGAGCUGGGGGCGACAGACCUGGAGAAGCAGCUGGAGGUGCUGGAGAACGAGAACCAGCGGCUCAAACAGGAGCUGAAGGCUGGCCAAACCCAGGCUGCUCCCGCCACCUGCACCAACUGCCCACACAGCCAGGAUGCGGAGCGUCUGCGUGAGGAGCUGUGCCGGCGGGAGGAGGAGUGGCGGCAGCGCGAGCGGCGCCUGGAGGUGCUGGAGCUGCAGGUGAGGGAGCGGGCAGGGCUGGUGGCCCAGCUAGAGCAGCAGCUGGACGAGUCCGGACGGCGCCAGCGUGAGCUGCAUCUGCGGCUGGACGAGGCCACGCGCCAUGGGCAGGACACCGAGCAGCAGCUGACCAGCAGGCUCCGCGAGAGCGAGCAGGCCCUCGCCCGCCAGGCCGCCAUGCCCCCACAGGUCAAGUAUGUGACUAAGACUGUGGAGGUAGAGUCGGCCCAGUGUAAGGCGGCGCUGGCCGAGUGUCAGGUGCGGAACCAGGCCCUGCAGGAGCAGCUCAGCGUCCAGAGGCAGCUGCUCAGGGAGCUGGAGGAGCAGCUGCACGAGUCCCACAAGACCAGUGGACAGCUCAGGCAGCAGAUCCUGGUGUACGAGGGGGAGAUGGAGAGGGCUCAGGGGCAGCUGGAGGCUGAGAUGCAGAGUCUGGAGGAGGAGAAGAACCGUGUGAUCGAGGAGGCCUUCAUCCGCGCCGAGAGCGAGAUGAAGGCUGUGCAUGAGAACCUGGCAGGUGUGCGCAUGAACCUGUUGACCCUGCAGCCCGCUCUGCGCACCCUCACCUGUGACUACAACUGCUUGAAGAGGCAGGUGCAGGAGUUUCCCUUCCUGCUGGAGAAGGCCAUCGCAGAGGCCAAGCAGGAGAUCUGUCAAGUGAUCGGGGAGGUAAGCAGUGCCAACCAAGAGCUACUGCGCAAGUACAAACGAGAGAUGAACUUGAGGAAGAAAUGUCACAAUGAGCUGGUGCGGCUUAAAGGAAACAUCAGGGUCUUCUGUCGUGUGCGUCCUGUCAGCCAGAGUGAGAUGGAUGCAGUGGACGCAAAGAACAUGGUGACCUUUGACACGGAUGAUGACUCAGUCCUCUACCUGUCCAGUAAGGGCAAGGUCAUGACCUUUGAACUGGAUAAAGUCUUUUCCCCUCAGGCCACACAAGAAGAGGUGUUCCAGGAAGUUCAGUCUCUGGUCACUUCCUGUAUCGAUGGUUUCAACGUGUGCAUCUUUGCUUACGGUCAAACUGGCUCAGGAAAGACGUACACUAUGGAGGGGGUGUCUGAGGACCCUGGCAUCAACCAACGUGCUUUGCGACUGCUAUUCGCUGAGGUGUCUGAGAAGAAACCAGAUUGGGAUUACAACAUCUCUGUUAGCAUGGUGGAGAUCUACAAUGAGACAUUACGGAGCCUGCUGGGGGACAACCUGAAUGACAAGCUGGAAAUAAAGAUGUGUCCAGAUGGCAGCGGUCAGCUCUACGUCCCAGGCCUCGCCGCGUUCCCCGUGAAGAGUGUAGAGGACAUCAAUAAGGUGCUGGAGUUGGGCCACAUGAACAGGGCGACGGCCUGCACCAACCUGAACGAGCACAGCUCCCGAUCCCACGCGCUGCUUAUAGUCACAGUGUCCGGCUUCAACUCCUCCACAGGCCACCGCUCCUCAGGCAAGCUGAAUCUGGUGGACCUGGCAGGCUCAGAGCGGAUCACCAAGUCCGGCGCAGAGGGCAGUCGUCUGCGAGAGGCUCAGUGCAUCAACAAGUCCCUGGCAGCGCUGGGUGAUGUCAUUAACGCGCUGCGCUCGCGGCAGUCCCACGUGCCCUUCCGCAAUUCGCGCCUCACCUACCUGCUGCAGGAUUCGCUGAAUGGAGACAGCAAGACCCUCAUGAUGGUGCAGGUAUCUCCUCUGGACACGAACGUCAGUGAGUCCGUCUGUUCUCUGAAGUUUGCACAGCGCGUUCGCAAUGUGGAGUUGGGUCCCUCUUCCUCACGGAAGCAGACCGAGAACUCCUCCACCUCCUCCUCACCCACCCACGACAGUGUGGAGCUGGACUCUCCCCCGGUGACUCCAGUACCUCUGCCCAUCUCCAGGGCCAGCAGCGCCGGCUCCACCCUCUCCUCCACCUCCAAAACCCCCAACACACGCCGACGCUCCCACAGUCAGCUGGCCACCGAUAGACAGGUAGACAGAGCAAGCCCAUUGGUUGGGGACGGUGGGCAGGACGAAUGAAGCUCACUGCCUGAAUGACGCAGCGGCUUGGGAGUUGAAGAAGAGUCUCCCAACACCUGUGUCCACCUGUGGAUUUUUUUUCUGCCCCUCUGUAGUAGCCCUCUGUGAACUGCUGUCUUUCAUGGGUUAUAGCUGAAGGAAGUUAUGGAUGUCGAGACAGGAAACAGAGGAGGGACCUAGACUUUUACCGGCCUAUGAGGGCCAGAGCCUGGUGGGGUUUGGGGAUCACCUCCAGUUGGAUUUUGCUCUGAUCAGCAAAUGAAGCAGCCUGGCUCACACACUCUCUUUACCCACAAACCCCUGGGUGAGCAACAUACUCCUCCACUCGCCAGUUCCUGUUCCCCUGGACCUUCCCUCUUGACCACAAAGGAGCUGUGAGGGAGGGUGCGCUCUCGUAGGAUGUCAGUAUUUCUGGACAACAAAGAAGCACUUUAGACCAGGCUGCUAUCGUCACCUCUGCUGUUCUGCCACUCAAGAGCUCAGCUCCUGCUAAACCUGCCCACUCGUGUACACAUCUGUAUAUUCCUCCCUGAGAGGACAGGAGAGGAUGAGAGGACGGAGACAUUGUUGAUUCUGUACGGCUUCCGUUUGACUCCAGACUUUGGUACAGAACUCCUGAUCACCCUCUACCUCCCACCCCUUCCAUUCUCACACACACACACACACACACACACACACACACACACACACACACACACACACACACACACACACCUCUCUGGGAUUCCCUGCCAUCAGGCAUAAGGACACUUCAGACUUCUGUCCACUCAAAAAACUGUGCAAUACAGGGAAACCCCAAAAAAACCUACAGACCAGACCACGUUUCUUCACUCCUGUAGAGGAAAUUGUGUGUGUUUGUUUAUUUGUUUUCUUCACUUUCCAGUCUUCCUGAACAGUGCAUGUGUUUUUAAUGUUCAAGUCUUUGUGUUUUUACACUUCAGCAUACUGCUUUCAGAGACAAUCGUUUACCGGCGAUCAUGGUACAUAGAACACAUACUGCAUACACACACACACACACACACACACACACACACACACACACAGAUAUACACACACACACACACACACACAGUCAAAUGCACCACAGAGCCAGGUAACUCAGAGCUGGCCACACACCAUUGCCAGGCUCACAAUGCCAACCCAAGCCACCUCUCUCCCCUCAGUCACUGCUAGAUGUGAAUGCUGUGAGUGAGUUGUGAAAGUGAAGGGGAUGGAGAGACUCCUCCAGGAGGCUGAACUGCGAGGGAUACCGCAACGCAACGUCAGCUGCAUUAGGGGGGGAAAGCCUUUUGGUCAUGGUGGUUUGUGGGUCACCUGCUUGCUUGUGCUCAUGGUGUAGGAUUUGUAUGCAGUUUUGUUUUUGUACACCGUUUAUAAUAAACACCCCUUUCUAAAACCAAA